AUGUUGGAAGCUACCUUAGCUGCUCUUCGUACCACCCUCGCACUGUUGUAUUGUGACCCUGGUUUUCUUCCAGGGGCUCUGGAGCAGUUCGUCCCGUCCCUGGAGCUGGCGGGCAGGAAGCUGCCGUUCGGCCUGGCCGAGACGGGUCUGUGUUUCCGGCCUCCGGAUGCCUCUGGUUGCUCCGCUGAGUUCACUGAGACGUCUCUGGUCUGGUUCUGCUCCCCACGAACGUCGUCCCAGUGGCUGGACCACUGGACACAACAACGGCUGAAGUGGUGGCGCAAAUUCGCCCUGAGCCCGUCCGGGUUCAGCAGCAGCGAGGUCUUGGAGGACGAGCUGGAAGAGCCGGCGUCUCGCGGGGUCAGGAUCUCUUACGAUUUUCCGUGGGGACGCGAGUCCCUGGAGACGCUGUGGAGUCGAGGCAGCGCCGAGCUGCUGCAGACUCACAACGGAGUCCAGUCCAAGCUGCAGUGUCGAGACGGCAGGAAGACGGUUCCUCACGUGAUCUCUGUCAGCGGGAACAUGGACCGAGGAGCCACGGCGUUCCUGUCCAACUCCCUCCAGCAGCUCAGUAAAGAAGACGGCAAGAAGAGGCUGCAGCACAGAAAGGUCCUGAAGUUGCAUCCGGUGUUGGCGCCGGUCAAGGUGGCGCUGGACAUCGGGAGGGGAGGCACCGUGGAGCUGAGGCAGGUCUGCGACGGCCUCCUGCAGGAGUUCCUGGAGGCCGAGAUCUUUGCGUGGCCCGGAUAUCUGGAAACUCUGCCCACAUCAGCAGAGCAGCUGAACGCCAAGUACGAUGAGAUGGGCGUUCUCUUCAGCGCCGUGGUCGGAGAGAACACGCUGGAGAGCGGCCUCCUGCAGCUGCGCAGCAGAGACACCACCAUCAAGGAGACCAUGCACAUCUCAGAGCUCAAGAACUUCCUGGUCAGAUACAUUUCUGCAGCCGACAACAUCUGAGUGGAGGAUUUAUCCAGGAAUCCAAGGAGACGCUCCUCCGGACGGAGCUCUGCUUCAAACUAAUCUCCCCGAACUCAAUCAGAACUGUAGACUUUUAUUUAUGUUCUCGUCUGUGUUUGG